UCGCCACCGUCACCGCCACCGUCACCAUGAAUCCGCCUUGGGGUGGUCCCGGGAGACAGCGAUUCCGAGUCAAUUGGCGCAACGGUCCUCGCCCGGAUUCGCCCGCCCAGCCCAGUUGGCUCUACGUGGAGUUAUGGGCGCUCUCAUCCACCCCUCCAUGUUCACAUGCAACGCCGACGAGGCCCCACCCCGGGGAUUUGGGUUGGACUUCCACGCCCCUCAGUCUGGACCUCUACACCCUGGCCACGGAACUGUUAGCCCAAGGCCAAGCGGACCAAUUUGAAGGACCGGCCUCGCUGGCCUUGACCUUUCAUCCUAGCCCAUCGGAGGUGGGCCAAGAGCGGCUGAAUGAAUGGCUAAACCGGGCUCGGGGCGUGACCUAUGGCCUCAUCUUGCCCCUGAUCCCAGAUCAGAAUUGGACCAGUGAGGGACCACGCCCUUUGUUGAUCCAAUGGGACUCCCCGGGGCGGUGGACGGGUCGGAUACAAAUCACGGGCUCCCCGCGGGCUUGCGUGCGCCACUGGCGACACAUUUUAACCACUAAGCGCUCGCGAACCCAUGGCAACCUCAACGCGGCCCCGCCCACCCCCGCCAUGUCGCCCCCACGAGAUGACGACGACCAACGUCAAGUCCGAAGUAUUAUCGAUCCCUGCGGGCCUGUGCUGCCUGAACGGUCCGUGUCAGUUGAGGCCCUAAACCAAGCCAUCGUCAUAAUGCAACGGGUCUUCAAAAUGUUCCAUCGCUUGGUCCAACAACCCCCGUUUGCCAGCAACGUGCUCAUCGCAUUCUUGGUCAGUCGGAAGGCCCGUUGGGUGGAAUUGCUCCAUCAAUGGUCCAAUCGGCGAUUGCGCCCACCAGAUGUGGGCUUAGAGCGCGUGCUGUCCGUUUUCAACAGCCUGGAACAAGCAUUGGCUCGCAUUGCUUGGCCUCGGGAUUUGUCUUGGAUGUCUGAUUCCCACUUUUUGACCUUUACCGCCAAAGCCGUGCAAGAAGUGGAGUCCAUGUGCCAAUAUCUGAUGAAUUGGACCUACGUAGUCCAACCUAAUCCGGCAGUGAGUAGCAUACCUCUCGACCAAACGGCCCACCCCAUGGAAAUCUCAACCACUGUUGACCUUCAACCAUCGCUCAGGAAUGUGCCCACGGGUCCAGUCUCCCAUCAAAGAAUUACUCAAUAUCCAUUCCUUCAAGGGCAACUGAACGCCAGCUCACCCUGUCUGCCUUUGGUGCCUGUUGACUCCCAUGCCAACGUGGGCACUCCUGCCACCACUCAUUCAAGUUCUACCUCACGUGCUAGUCUACCAUGUCAAGAAACUACUGCUUCCAGCACUGAAAACACGCCCGCCUUGCCCGCCUUGCCCGCCUUGCCCGCCUUGAUCUAUACCAAUGCAAGUGUUGCCCUCGACCAAUCUCAAUCCUCAAAUGUGACUCCCGUUGAACCCCCUGAGAGUCCUCAUGGCGCACCCUUGUCCAGUUCUGAAUUGAUUGCCAAAGUGAAAGCUAUUGGCCGCGCCGCAAUUUUAAGUGCUUUGUCUCAACCCCCUCCUGUCACUGAUGCUUCAUCUCUAACUCAGUCUCCAGUGAAUGAUCCUGGAUCUCCGACAGAAGUACGGGUGUGGCGAGAAAAUCACGAUCCGUCCCAUCCCACCUCAGCCCACCAUUCCUCUUGCUAUCUCGACUCUUCAAGUCUGAAAAGUUUGAUGUUGGGUUUGUUGGAGGAGGCCUCCUCAUGUCGAGGGGAUUUCAACGCGUUAAUUGACCUUUAUCUCUCGGGCCAGAUAGUCACACAUGUGUUCAUUCAAAAGUUUAUCCUCUUAGUUAAGAAAAACAUCCCUGACCCAAAUAUUUUGGACGUGGAGAGCCGAUUACUUUCAUGUUCGGACCUUCGUUCUUUGGUGGGCUCCAUUUGUAAAUCUGCCAAUCCCAGCCUUGACAUUCCGUUGAUUGGCGUGGAUUCCCCUUCAACAAGCGGAUCUUCAGAUGAGAUUGAAAUUUUGGAAGUGAACCCAAGCUCAACCAAGUCCGGAAAUCCAAAGCCAGUCAGAUUCUUGGCUUCUGGGACGGCUGACCCAUCAAAGACUGAAGAAGCCUCAGAGUGCGAGAUGGUUGAGCCCUUUCAGGGAGCAACUCACAAGAUCAGUGGCUUCUAUUGUUUCCAGAGAAAGCAACCUAAAGUGUUUUGGAUUUUGAUGCAUCGGAUUGAAGACUUUUCCUCUAGUUUCCUUCUAAUGACGCAGAAGUUUGUGUCUGGUAUUGAAGUGGGAGAUUUCCUUGAAGUGACUUUGGAUGAAGUCCGAAAGGUCUACACUGUCAAACUCUUCCCAGUCCAAGAAGCUGGUGUUCAGAGUCUGGAAAUCAAAUGCCCGUUAAUCAAGGGUUUGAUGAGAUAUCGAUCUUGCGUGAAGAAUUCCUCCUCCAUAUAUUUGAAGGCCGAAACUUUUGGAUCGUUCUGGACCCUGAAUGAGCACAUCGAACCACUUGGGGCGGGUUUGACUACAAAUGAGUGGACACAGAUUCAGGGUCAGAGCGCUUUCUCUCAUUUGAUCCGACAUCAUUUUUGGGGUCUGUUCCAAUCCACUCAGCAAUUGUUAAACACUUGGAUCCUCAAAUUCCAAGACAAAACCAAUUACAUCGUUCUGAAAACCAAUCUCAUGGCGUUGUUCGUUCCCCAUCAUGACCUCGUUCAGAUUAGAAUGUCUCCAUCCAAGUUAACCAUUGGAGAACACCUGACUUCAUUUGCUUUGCCUGGAAAUCUGAUUCGAAUUCAAAUUGGCUCUCUCACGCAUGUCUUUUCCCUCCAUACUGACAAUCUGAAGGCCGCUAUGAGUGAUCUACAAAACAAUCGAAUGGUAGCUUUACCACUUCACCAUUUUCAAAGAAACACGCUCAAACAUCUAAUGCACAGCUUCAAGGUUCCUCGAGAACUAAGACCGAAAACAACUUGUGUCCUGAAAGGCGUCAAAGGAUUAGCCGAGGCUUGGAUUGGAGGGAGUCCACGUGAAGAUCCCAAGGAGUAUCUAAUAGUGUUCCUCAAACCCUAUUCAGUGGAACCGGAUGGAACGAACGCUCAGCUCAAUUUUCAGCCCAAUGAGAGCGAGGUCCUCGGCUCCAAGUUCGACGCCCUUUUCUUUCCGAAAAUGAUGAGCUCUCAAGAGCACUACCAAACCGUUUGUCGCAACAUUUGGCCAGCCAAAUAUGUCAAGUUGCAUGGGAUCGACAAGUCAUGUUGGAUGCUAAGCAUCGGCGAGGACUCGUUGUUCUCGAGGCCAUUAAGAAUCCGCUCUUUCGAUAUCGAGGACACUCGAGUCCGUACCGUCAUCUUGAGUAGUUUCCGAGAAGAGAUCCUUCAGGGAAACCAGCCGCUCCUCUCCACUUUUGCGUGUUUGGAAAGAGUAUGCGUCAAAAAACGAUUGAGUAUCAACGCUUGGCGAUGGAUCAUCAGCAAUUCCUCCGAUCUCGAUUUCAUCGAUUUAAAGGGUAAAAAGGCGUUCACACCUAAUGAUCACCUACAGCUCUCAUUGUCCCAAUUCCGGCCUCCGCCGACCUCAUCUCUUUCGUCAAGUCUACCCAUUGAACCAACUGAACCCUCCCAAUCAUCGUCCUCAGAACCUUCUCACCCCAACACAGUUGUUCCCUUGGUUCCUUCAAAUCCAAAUGAAUUCGUGGACGAAGGCUUUGACGAAAGGAAUCAGGACAUUGACUCGUUCGCCGUGGAAGUCGGAGAGCUUGUCCAAGAGCCAGCUCAACCACGACCUUUAACAAGCCCAGAUCUUCCCUCAUCGACAAUAAGCUUGGGACCAAUUACAAGCGAUUUGGUCUCUAGCCAACUCGAGCAAGAUAUCGAGUUCAACUCUGAAGAGGAGCCCGAUGCACUGGAAGCAAGACCAGCUGAUCCAUCGUAUGAGGAAGUUGACGAUCGUCCUCCUAGCCCUGUCUCGGAAAUGGAAAAUCUAGUGACUGAUGCUAUCAGAGGGCUUGCUGACAUUCCAGAUCCCGAAAUCAGAUCUGUGUCUUGUUGGACGAAACCAUUCAAAUCGUUCUGAACAAGAAUCACCAUUUAACAGCCCAGAUUCUUUCUCAGACGCGAGUUGCCAAUGAUUCCAUGGACGACACAGAUCUGCCAAAUACGCUUGAAAGAAACGAUCCCACCACUGCCAGAACCGAAUUCACCUCAAAGUCAAUCAAAUAGAAAACGAAAAUGCUCAUCUCAACCAGAUUCAGUAUCAAACGAGAAACAAGCUCUGGCUCAACGCUCCAAGAGGCCGUUUGUCAGGAAUGUCGACCGGCCAUGAUAUUUUCUAAUCAAUCCGAAGUCGAGACACACCAAGAAGCCACUGGCCAUACCCAAUUUGAGUUCAUCUUGGUCGACAAGGUGAGUUUGGACGCCUUGCUUUCGCGGAAACCUCGCUUGACCAUCUCAAAAGUGACCUGUGAUAAUGAUUGACACGUUUGCCUUUCAAAUACAACCAUGGGAAAAAAACGAACGAAAUAGUGCAAUAAGUCAGUUCAACUAACUCCUCAAUUUAUUCAUCAUCGAUCUCUUCCACCUCAUUGCCAUCGCUGGUGGCCCCAUUUAGUUGAUCCACAGUCAUGGUUUGCACCUCGACCAGGUAUUUCACCUCGCCUUUCAUUUUACUCCAAACCGCCACCAUAUUUAAUCUGCAAAUCAAAAAGAAAACCAUUCAGCCCCUAUUUACACACAGGGGUGACCUAGAAAACAAUAGCAACGUGAUUGAUUAUCUAUGCUUACUUGAAAUGAGCUUGCUUCUCGCCCAGGAGUUUCAGGAGCCGAGCUUGUUCCGAGGUCAAAAUAUCACCUUGAACGCAAACCGUGUAUUGACCCAGGAGUUCACCACGCCUUUCUUUAGAGCGGUGGGCAGACCCAAGGCGCGCAACUGGGGCUCCAAAGAGUGGGGAAACUGUGUCAGGGGCCCUGCCUCCAAAACCACGGUGUCCGUGGCCAGGCAUCCUGUGCGGGCGAAAUCCAUUUCUUGGUAGUCCUA